UAGAGGAGAUGCAGCCAGUACAAAUCACACUCUCUACACAGAGAGAUCUACAGCACAGAGACACAGCCAUGGCACCAACCAUCACUUCUGCAAUGACCAUCUCAAACGAGCACCUACCUCUAAACAACAAGCUGAGGAAGCCGUUGGUGGAGAAGAUGCGCAGAGAUCGUAUCAACAGCAGCAUUGAGCAGCUGAAGUCUCUCCUGGCUCCAGAGUUCCUCAACCAGCAGCCUGACUCCAAACUGGAGAAAGCAGAUAUCCUGGAGUUGACAGUCAGCUUCCUGAGACAACAGGAGCAGCAUCCUGCAUUAUCCUCCAACUCAGCAGCUGUCAAUCAAGGCUUUUUCAGAUGUGUCCAUGAUGUUGUCCACUUCCUAUCCAAAGAAGAGGUGAAGACACAGAGCCAGAGAAAACUGCUGAACCACUUCCAGACACUUCAGCCAUCUUCAUACGAGAUCAGGAGGGAAAGUGUCCUGCAUCCGCUGAUCAUCAGCAAAGAGAAGAGUUCGUUUAAGAGCUCCCUCUGGAGGCCCUGGUAAAGGGAAGAUCAAGACUCAAAGCAGAAAACACAAGUCUAUGUGGACUUUAUUGUUAUUGUUUUAUGGCAAAAACCUUUCCACCAGUUUUUGAAGAAAUGUUUUUCUCAUAAAAAAAGUCAUACAUGUCAUACAUUAGUUUUUAACCUGCUUUUUAAAAGUGUCGAUUGUUUGCUGUAUAUAAUAUACAUUUAUAUGUAUAUCAUCUACUUACAAUUUACUUUGUUAAAAAUGUGUUUUACACUGAUAUUAUAUACUCUAUGAGUGCCUUAUUCAAUUAAUUUAUAGAAAUACUAUAUAUGUUUUUUAAGCACAAUAUGGUUAUUGUUUUAAAUGACCACUGAAAAUUACUUUGGCAGUAAAAUAUAUACUAAUCUGCUAACUGCAAGAUUAUUUGCUUUAUAUUAACAUGGAUUACUGUUUUAAGAAAUUAUGGCAUCUUUCUCCUCAUCUGGGAAUCUACUUUGUACAAAAAUUGUGCUUUAUGCUGAAUUAUAUACUCCAUGAGUACUCCGUAGUACUUUCAUGGUGUGGUUCUUGUUUUGACCCCUGAAAAUGUAUGUAAACCUUUUAUAAAAGGUUUAUUUCUUUAUAAUUGUAUAACUAAACUCAAAAUUUGAAGUAGAUGACAUUGCAACAAUGUAUUGUACUCUAUCAAUGUAUUUUGUCUGUACUGCAUGGUUUGUAUUGAUGGUUAUUUGGG